GCAGGAAGCGUGGUCGCGUACGGCGCUUUGCCUCUCUGGGAAAGAGGACUCUGUGUCCCAACCUCUGGGAGGACCUCUGGGGAAGCGGGUGGGGAACUUGUGGCGUGAGCUACUUGCAGCUGCUUUGCUGAUGCGGAGAAGCCCCCGUGGAAGCGGCGCUCGCCUUCUCCCCUCCCGGGAACCGAGAAGGAGCCGAAGCAGGGAAAGAAGCCUCGGCUGCGGCUUCUGGUCCCCGAUCCCCGACCGUGGCCGGAGCUGCUGAUGGUGGGGCAGCGGGAGCGAGCGGCGCUUCGGGAACAGCUCUCCCCUCCUUGGAUUCCCUUUGGCUUCUUCGCCUCUGCUGGACCCGGAGAGGAUUUUGCUCGCUUGGAAGCGGAACGUGGGAAAGGGCGGCCGGUGACUUGAGCAGGCUCGUCCGGAGCGUCUCGGAGAGAAGCGGACAGCUGUGACCGAAGGCGUCGGCAUCGGAGGGAGUUUUCCUCCCGUUGGGGCUGCGCUGAAGGCGGAGACCGAAUGGAGGCCCGGGGGUCUCCCCUUCAGGCGGGGAGCGGCCUCCCCGAGGGGCCCCGGAGCUCCGAGGCUGAGCGCUGGCGGUUCCGCAGCUGCCGCUCCCUGGAAGCCGAGGGGCCCCGGACGCUUUGCAGCCGCCUGCACGGGCUGUGCCGGGGGUGGCUGCGGCCCGAGCGGCGCAGCAAAGCCGAGAUGCUGGACCUGGUGGUGCUGGAGCAGCUGCUGGCCCUGCUGCCCCCGGAGCUGUCGGGCUGGCUGAGGGAGUGCGGGGCGGAGAGCUGCGCCCAGGCGGUGGCCCUGGCCGAAGGCUGCCUCCUCGGCCCACCAGCCGCCCCGGAGCCCGCAAAGGGGCGGCAGGUGAGGAAAGUAAACCGGUGGGACGCUGAGGCACAGGAGCCGUUCGCAAGAGAGAUCUCAGCAGAGCUCCAGGAAAAAGAUCAAUCCCGUCCUUCUCAACAGCUUCAUUUCAGGAGGAUCCAACUCGGUCCACCUUGCCAGGACUCUAAUCCCUUUGAGGAGGUGGCUGUGGACUUCACAGAGGAGGAGUGGGCACUGCUGGAUUCUAGCCAGAAGGCCUUGUGCAGGGAAGUCAUGCUGGAAGUUUCUAGGAAUAUGGCCACUCCGGGUGACAGGCUGGGGAAUGACAAUGAGAAACAGGUGAGGUCAAUGCCAAUGCAAACAGCAAACCUUCAAGUAGAAGAAGUGAUUUUUGACCAUCAACAGGAUGCAAAACCGCAAGAGAAAACCCCGUCAGAAGAUCAAGGGGAGAGGCCUUCCAUUUAUCUUCCUAUUAAAAUCCAUGGUUUCCUGAUGCAGCAAGACCAGAAAGAGAAGAGAAAGGGCAAAUAUAGCAAAAGAGAGAAAAAUGACUUUGAUUUAGCUGAAUAUGGGGGAAGCCAGAGCAAAGGAAAACAGUAUGGCUACAGACAGUAUGCAAAAUCCAUCAGUCGCUCUUUCUCUCUUUCUUUACCUAAGAAACUAUACAGGAAACACAAGCCGCAUCUAUCGGUAAAAUUUGGGAAGUGUUUCAGUCUGAGCAGAGACACGAAGCUCUGUAUGAAGUGUGGAAAGAACUUCAGUAGCAACAGUACACUUAAUCGUCAUCAGAGGAUCCACACAGGGGAGAAACCAUAUAAAUGCACGGAGUGUGGAAAAAGCUUUUCUCGAAACACCCAGUUUAUUCAUCACAAAAGGAUCCAUACAGGGGAAAGGCCAUAUAAAUGCCUGGAAUGUGGAAAGAGCUUUAUUGAGAACAGAGAUUUUACUCGGCACCAAAGGAUCCACACAGGAGAGAGACCAUAUAAAUGCAUAGAAUGUGGAAAGGGCUUCAUCGACAGCAGAGACCUUAGUCGCCACCAAAGGAUCCACAGAGAGGAGAGACCAUAUAAGUGCCCAGAGUGUGGAAAAAGCUUUAAUCACUAUAGAACCUUUACUCAUCAUGAAAGAAUGCACACUGGAGAGGCUCAAUAUAAAUGCAUAGAAUGUGGAAAGAGUUAUAAUAACUCUAGUAGUUUUACAAUUCAUAAAAGGAUCCAUGCAGGUGAGAAACCAUACAAAUGCUUAGAGUGUGGAAAGAGUUUUACCCGGAAAGGACAUCUUACUCGUCAUGAAAAGAUUCACACGGGGCAGAAACCUUUUAAGUGCAUAGAAUGUGGAAAGGGCUUCAGUACAAACUGCAAUCUGGCUCGCCAUCAGAAGACCCACACAGGUGAAAAAACAUAUAGUUGCAAGGAGUGUGGAAAGAGAUUCACUGAGAGUAGUGAUAUUGCUUCCCAUCAAAGGAUCCACACAGGGGAGAGACCAUAUAAAUGCCUGGAAUGUGGCAAGAGGUUUUUUGACAACAGUGACCUUACUCGACAUCAAAGGAUCCACACAGUGGAUAGACUGCAUAAAUGCUUGGAGUGUGGAAAAAGCUUCACUCAGAAAGGAAAACUUAAUUCUCACAAAAGGAUCCACAUAGGAGAGAGACCGUAUAAAUGCCUGGAGUGUGGAAAGAGCUUUAUUGACAAUUGUAACCUUACCUUCCACCAAAGGAUGCACACAGGGGAAAGACCGUAUAAAUGCGUGGAGUGUGGGAAAAGCUUUCGUCGGAAUACAGAACUCAUUCAUCAUAAGAGGAUCCACACUGGGGAGAGACCAUAUAAAUGCGCACAGUGUGGGAAGCAAUUUACUCAGAAAGGACAUCUUACCCAUCAUGAAAGAAUCCAUACAGGGGAGAAACCAUAUCAGUGUAUAACAUGUGGGAAGAGCUUUGCUCAGAAAGGACAACUGAAUUCUCAUGCGAGAAUCCACACAGGGGAGAGGCCAUAUAAAUGCUUAGAGUGUGGAAAAAGCUUUCAUUGGAGCACAGAACUUAUUCAUCAUGAAAGGAUCCAUACUGGGGAGAGACCCUACAAGUGCAUGGCGUGUGGAAAGCAAUUUACUCAGAAAGGUCAUCUUAUUACUCAUGAAAGAAUCCAUACAGGAAAGAAACCAUACAAAUGCUUAGAGUGUGGAAAGAGUUUUACCCGGAAAGGACAUCUUACUCGUCAUGAAAAGAUUCACACGGGGCAGAAACCUUUUAAGUGCAUAGAAUGUGGAAAGGGCUUCAGUACAAACUGCAAUCUGGCUCGCCAUCAGAAGACCCACACAGGUGAAAAAACAUAUAGUUGCAAGGAGUGUGGAAAGAGAUUCACUGAGAGUAGUGAUAUUGCUUCCCAUCAAAGGAUCCACACAGGGGAGAGACCAUAUAAAUGCCUGGAAUGUGGCAAGAGCUUCACUCAGAAAGGAAAACUUAAUUCUCACAAAAGGAUCCACAUAGGAGAGAGACCGUAUAAAUGCCUGGAGUGUGGAAAGAGCUUUAUUGACAAUUGUAACCUUACCUUCCACCAAAGGAUGCACACAGGGGAAAGACCGUAUAAAUGCGUGGAGUGUGGGAAAAGCUUUCGUCGGAAUACAGAACUCAUUCAUCAUAAGAGGAUCCACACUGGGGAGAGACCAUAUAAAUGCGCACAGUGUGGGAAGCAAUUUACUCAGAAAGGACAUCUUACCCAUCAUGAAAGAAUCCAUACAGGGGAGAAACCAUAUCAGUGUAUAACAUGUGGGAAGAGCUUUGCUCAGAAAGGACAACUGAAUUCUCAUGCGAGAAUCCACACAGGGGAGAGGCCAUAUAAAUGCUUAGAGUGUGGAAAAAGCUUUCAUUGGAGCACAGAACUUAUUCAUCAUGAAAGGAUCCAUACUGGGGAGAGACCCUACAAGUGCAUGGCGUGUGGAAAGCAAUUUACUCAGAAAGGUCAUCUUAUUACUCAUGAAAGAAUCCAUACAGGGGAGAGACCAUAUAAAUGCACAGAGUGUGGAAAAAGCUUUGCUCGGACAGGACAACUUAAUUCUCAUAAAAGGACCCACACAGAAGAGAUACCCUAUAAAUGCAUGUAGUGUCGAGAAAGCUACAACAGUUGCAAUACGUAGACUCAUGAAGGAAUCCAAAGUGGGGAAAAUCCAUAUAAAUUCAUGGAGUGUGGAAAGAGUGUUGCUUGGAAAAGAUAACUAAAUCUCAUAAAACUAUGCCUACAGAAGAAACCAUAAACAUCUAUGGAAUGAGCUUCAUUCAAAACAAUCAAAUUACCCAUCAUCAAAGAAUCCAGAAAUGAGAAGAAAGCUGCUUUUUGCAUAGAACGUGCAAAGUUCUUUUGUUUGAUCUGGAAGGCUGUUAUGGUCCUGUGAGGAUGCUCUGAUUUCCAAGGAGUGGACACAACACAGCACAGCAUUAGCAACUCUGUACAGCGUGCUUCAUUGUGUCACAUGCCUUCCCCAAAAACAGGCUAUUGCUCUUAACUCUACCCUUCUGGACCUUGCAAGCUGAGAUUGCCACACAAGUACAUCUUUAAUACUGAGUCCUUAACUGAAACAAAAAUUUCCAAGUCUGUAAAGUGGUACGCAACCUUUGCUUCCUUCCAAACAUUCUUGCAUUGAGGGGCAUUUGUUGCAUUUCUCUUGACCAAUUUCCAAGCCUUGCUUUUAAGCAGUGUUGCCAAGCUGAGUUGCUAAGUCAGCCUCCAGGCAGGAGUCCCACCAGAAUAUCCUGCUUGCUGGAGUUUGUGAUGCUGGCGGUUGAGGGAUUAUAUUUAUUUAUUUAUUUAUUAUUUAGAUUUUUAUACCGCCCUUCUCCCGAAGGACUCAGGGCGGUGUACAGCCAGAUUAAAAAACAGUACAAUAUACAAAUUAAAACAAAAAUUAAAAUAACAUAUUCUAUAAAUGGCCGAAAAUUUAAAACCGUCAAAUUUGACCCAUAAAAUUCAUAAAAUACCCCAAAUUAAAAUUAUUAAAAAUUAUUAAAAUUCAAAAGUUUAAAAAAGUAUUGCUUGUCGGUCACCAUACCUGCUGCACUAUCUUCUUGCUCAUAUCUCCUUUUCUCGUACAUCCCCACACAAGCUCUUUGCUCUUUCUCAGCCUUUGUUUCUGUAAACUUAAGGGCCUUGGUAGAGUGAGGCUGCUUCUGGAUUUUCACACAUUGUUGAAUACGCAAGCCGUGGCUCAAUUAGCCAAGCAACUGGAUCACCAGUGUCGAUCCUUAGAAGUAAACUGAGUUAGUGAAGGCAUGAGCCCAUCUCAGCUUUCUCGAGCUGUGCAGAGCUAUGGGGAAGAGGGGUGUCAUGACUGCAACUGUUUUUCCAAAGCACAUAUGGCAAUUGUAGCUUUGUUUCCUCAACAUCCAUGCAGGAGAAAAACUAUAAGCACCCGAAUAUAGAAAGAGCGGAAGGUAGAGCUGUGGCCUGACUAUUGAUGGGAUGACCCACACAGGAGUAUUGUCAUACAAACAUAUGGAUAAAUUACAUAGUGGGCAGUUCAAUGAAAGUUGUCUCAUUUAUUCUACAUUUUCUGCACAUAUUUCUCAAAGGUAUCCAAGACACUUCGGAGAAAAGGGUUAGGAAUUCAGGUUGGAAGAAUUUUCAUCUGCUUUUCUCCCCAUUGUAUUAUCUGCUUCCUUCCUUUCCAUGCAGUUCCUUCCCAGUGUUGUGACCUAGGCCCAAGUAGGUAGUAAGAAACUCAGUCCAUGAAAAAACAAACAAACUUUAUUCGAAAAGCUGAGAAUUACUUCAUUCCCAGCAUCAUUCAACUCAAAUUGAAACAAAUGCCUCCCAACACAAAUUCCUCAGUUCUGUCGCAAACCAAUUAGGCAAACUGCCAAAGGCCUUUCUUGGCAAAUGUUCAGAAGUCACAAAAAUAAAGACGUAGACAAAGCAGAAGCAGAAGACGCAGCUACCAACGUUGUUUUCUGGCCCAAACGCCCAAACGCUGGUGCUUGUCUGUUUUAAGUCUUAUGGGAGGGGCCAGUCAUCUCUUGGCCCUUCUCCCGAGUUGUCCUUUUUGCUUGAGCUGCCCUUGCCUUCUGGCAGCUCUUCUCAUGCGUGCAUUAGGAACAGGCUCCUCCUGUUCCUCUGCCUCACUACUAUCAGUCUCUGUAGGCUCUGGAGUCCACACCUCACUUCCCGAUGGCCCUGGCCUCACCUCAGCCUCAUCGCUGGCUGACUCCAUUGCCAGCUCCAUAGGACCAAAACACCCAGAUUUCUCAAUCCAUUUUGAAGGGGUUCCACAAUUUCCUGAACUAGAACAUACUCCCCAGAUGGGUUUGCGCAUUGGCUACCACAAAAUGUGGUUAGUAACAAGCUGAGAAAGUGAGUCUUUAGAAAGUAUACCUGGCUGUUUAAAUUUACUCUUUACAUUUACAUUGAAAAGUGAGCCUGAGAUUGGGAGGUAAAAGAGUUGCAAGAUGACUGGCAUAUAAAUUUGAUGAAUGAAUGAAUGAAUGAAUGAAUGAAUGAACGAAUGAACAUGUAUGUCUGAUGUAAAAAGAUAUGAUAGAUUUUUCCUGAACUCAUAGGAGGAAUUCUCUAGAGCUGAAUGUGUAACACUUUGGAUGGACAGAUCCUGUGCCUGGUAUCCUGUAGCAGGUCAGGUUACACUAAAAAUGAGUUCAGUUAACUUCCAGCACCUGACUAAUCUUAUCUAGAUAAGAUAAGAAGGAUCAGUUCUUGUUUGGGUCUGAAAAGGAGACCACUGGGAUUUGCAAGACUGAAGAUAUUGCUAUCUGAGGAGGACAGACUGAAGCUGAAGGCUGUAAAAGUCCAUCUUUGGCUCUGUAUUCUUUUCCUUAGACACAUUCCGAGCCUUAAUAUAGCUACUAAUUUAUCUGUAUCAUCUUUUUUUAUUGCUACCUAUGUUUAUAUUAUAACACGCAGCUAAAAGUAUUUAAUUGCUUGUUGAAUAAAUUAUUUCAGGUUUUAUUGCCUGAAAAUCUUUGUCUUUUAUGGGUGGGGCAAAACAAGGCUAGUUUGGGACAGUCAAAAAAUAUAUCAGACUGCAACAAUGACAAACUACUUCCGUGUUACUGCUGAGCAAAUACUGCUAUUUUGAACCAAGCUCUUCGAAUAACAAAACAACAGAGUUGGAAGGGACUUUGGGGGUCUUCUUGUCCAGCCCCCUCGCUCAGGCAGAUACCCCUGGCCUAUACCAUUUCAGACAAAUGGUUGCCCAAUCUCUUCUUACAAACCUCCUGUGUUGGAGCACCCACAACUUCUGGAGUUCACUCAUUGAUUGAUUGCUGUGUUAUCAAAGCCGUGCCAAUUCUUAGCAAGCACCAGGCAAAACCUCUUCAGGGUACACCAGGCCCUUCAGGACCCCUAGUGAUGCACUCAUUGCUGCUCCGAUGGGAUGCAUCUGUCUUGUUUCUGUUCCUCUCCUUCCUCCCAUCUUUGCUAGUUCUAUGGAUUCCUCAAUGGAGUCGGGUCUUCGCUCAAUGUUCUCUGUUUAUUUGUGACCCAUGUUUGAAAUCUCAGUUGAUUUCCUCUGUGAUCUAUUUGUGGGGAUCUUUUGAGUGACCAUGGUGUUUUCAAGAAUCAUCAUCUGGCUAGAAGGGACCUUUGAAGCCUUUUAGUCCAAUCCCCUGCCCAAGCUGUGAAAGUUCUCCAGCCUUGGCUGCACCAUCUGCUCCACUUCAUCUAUCUGCACUUCUAUCCACUUCUUUUGGGGAGUGCACACCGUACCCCUCUGUGCAUUUCCUCUACGGGAGAGGCGGCUCUAGAUGUCAGCUUUGGAAGCCAUUUCUCUGUCCAGAGCUAUGGAUACUAGAGGCAGUUUGGAAACCCUACUGAGGGAGGCUGCAGCUUUCCAUUGAAGAGUCUCUCCCAGGAGAAGGGGACAUGGAAGUCACUUGGGAGGUAAAUUUCAAAAAGGCAGCAUUCUUUAACCCGCCCGAGAGGAAGCCUUGCUGACUUUUGUGGACUUUCCUCAAAACAGGAAGAUACAAGAUUCCUGUUGUGUCUGCGCCCCCCGAGCCGGGGGCCCUGCCAGAAAGUGACUUGGAAAGUGAGGGGGAAGGGCCAUCUGGACUUACCUCAGGAGCACCGGCUUUCCUUGCUCAGCUCCAGGAGCCAGAGGCAGGCCAGGUGGAGGAGAUAACGAGGCCUCCAUCCCCUGACUCUUUCCUCCCCCAGGCCACGCUUUCAGACCCAGCUGAUGGCAAUCAGGCCUGGCUGGACCCUAGGUUUCGUAGGCAGGAGAUGCGGGAACAACAGAAGCAGGGGUGGGGCAGGCCUAGGAAGUGCUGAGUCAUGGAGCCACACCCCACAGGAUAUAAAACCAGCGAGGGCUGCUAUGCCUCUUCGUAGCAGGCAAAUCAACUGCUUAACUAAGAGCUGAAGUACUGUACUGGGUGACUCAUCAGCAUCAAGGGAGAUAACAGAGUCACUUGGCAGAUGCUCGCUAGUUUGCUGCCAGAGCUGAUAGUGCCGGCUAAUUAAGCCAUCGCUCGGACGGAGGCAAGGGGCGACAGAACAAUUCCCUUGGGAAGGGGCUCAGAGAAAAACAUUCUGUAACUUAGGUCAUCACACAAGGUUUAGAAAAACUUUUUUCUAGAUAUUUUCCCAUGUUUAAAUAGACCCUCAAAAAUAGAGAGGCUCUAUUCUCAGCCCUUUGAUGUGGGAAAUAUUGGGCUAUAGCAGGGGUCUGCAAACUUGGCUCUUUUAAGCAAAGCUGGCUGAGGAACUCUGGGAGUUGAAGUCCACAAGUCUUAAAAGAGCCAAGUUUGCAGACCCCUGGGCUAUAGUAAUGAAAUCCUGGAGCACAGGGGAGCUGCCAGAGGACUGGAAAAGAGCUGAUGUAGUUCCCAUCUUCAAAAAAGGAAAAAAAACAGAUCCAGGAAACUACAGACCUAUCAGUCUGACCUCAAUACCGGGGAAGAUUCUGGAAAAGAUAAUCAAGCAACGAAUCACCGAACACCUAGAAGCAAACAAAGUAAUAACCAAAAGCCAACAUGGGUUUGUCAAAAACAGAUCAUGCCAGACUAAUCUUAUCGCAUUCUUUGACAAAAUGACAAAAUUAGUAGACCAGAGGAAUGCUGUCGAUAUAAUUUACUUGGACUUCAGUAAAGCAUUUGAUAAAGUAGACCAUAACCUACUACUAGAUAAAGUAGAAAAAUGUGGGUUAGACAGCACCACCACCAGAUGGAUUCGUAAUUGGCUGACCAACCGCACUCAACGUGUAGUCCUCAACGGAACUACAUCCACAUGGAGGGAAGUAUGCAGUGGAGUACCCCAAGGCUCUGUUUUAGGCCCAGUACUCUUCAACAUCUUCAUCAAUGACUUGGACGAGGAGAUAGAUGGGGAACUCAUCAAAUUUGCAGAUGACACCAAGCUGGCAGGAAUAGCCAACACUCCAGAAGAUAGACUCAAGUUACAGAAAGAUCUUGACAGACUUGAACAUUGGGCGCUAUCUAACAAA